AUGGACAUAACUAAUACAAGAAGAAUCACUUUGACCAACUCUACAAAAAAACAUACCUCGACGACGGAGAGCGAGUUGAUUUCAUCGUUACGUUCAUCGAGAGACGACGGAGAGCGAUUCAGAAUCCGGGGACUGAUAAAACGGCGUCGUCUUUCUCUUAUCUUGAUACACUCUUUGACCUUAAAAUCGAAGGUCGUAAAACGACGCCGUCUAACGAAGAGCUCGUGUCUCUCUGCUCGGAGUUUCUUAACGGAGGUGCUGAUACGACGGGGACGAGACGCCGGUUACGAUGUUCCCGUUGGGAUUAACGUCGAGUUUUAUCUCCCUGCUAUUAAUGAGGAUCCGAAGCUUUGGUCUGAUCCGAAGAAGUUUAACCCGGAUCGGUUUAUUUCGGGUAAGGAGGAUGCGGACAUAACCGGAGUUAAAAUGAUGCCGUUUGGUGUUGGCCGUCGGAUCUGUCCGGGUUUACCGCUGGCGACCGUACACGUGCACUUGAUGCUAGCGAAGAUGGUUCAAGAGUUUGAGUGGAGCGCUUAUCCGCCGGGAAGUGAAAUUAAUUUCGCCGGGAAAUUGGAAUUUACGGUGGUGAUGAAGGAACCGUUGAGAGCCAUGGUUAAGUCAAGAGCUUAAAAUUUGUUUGUUUUUCCUUUCUUAAUUUUUUUUGUUUGAUUAUGAAAACGUUGUGUG